CAGGUGUACAGGAAGGCCAAGUGGCCGGCGGCGCUCCAAGCAGGAUGUGCUGUGGAGGCCGCUGCCAAUUCGAUGCGGCCCAGGGUCCCCGCCGGCUCAUGCGCACCGGCCUCGCCUUGAUCCUGGUGGGCCACGUGAACUUGUUGGUGGGAGCAGUGCUUCACGGCACCGUCCUGCGGCAUGUGGCGAACCCCGGCGGAGGCAUCACGCCCGAGUACACCACGGCCAACGUCGUCUCCGUGGGCUCGGGCCUUCUGAGCGUGGCUGCGGGACUCGUGGCGUUGCUGGCCUCCAGGAACCUCUUCCUGCCCAAGCUGCACUGGGCCUUGCUGGCCGUGUCCUUGCUGAACCUGCUCCUGUCCGCCGCCUGUUCCCUGGGGCUGCUCUUGGCCUUCUCGAUGACCGUGGCCAACGGAGGCCGACGCCUUCUUGCCCAGUGCUACCAGAGCCUCUCCGACCCAUUGGCACCCACUGACGACUGCCCUUUCGACCCCACCCGAAUCUACGAGACGGCUCUGGCUCUCUGGCUUCCAUCUAUGCUCAUGGCUGCAGCCGAGGCUGCUUUGUCUGGAUACUGUUGUGGGGCUGCACUAGCCCUUCGGGGGUUCCAGCCCUGUGGGGAGGAAGGACUACUGCAACAGCUUCAGGAACUGGGAGAAUCUGAAUUCCCCAAAGGGAAAAGGCAGGAAAGUGAACAGCUUUUGGAGGAAGAAAUCCAUACAUCGAGGAAAGUCUGGGUUUAGGACAGUUCGUGUGAUUGAAGCUAACAAGCCUGGGGUGACAAUUGUUUUUCCUUCCUAAAACCACAGGAAAACUAACCCAGAAUGUGAUGUAAAUAAUUGUAAUAAAAGACCUGCUUUCCACUUGCACCUAA